AUGACUUCGAAUUUUCUUCUGGCUUCCAUGCAAGUUUUUGGGCCGGUUUUCCUUGCAGGAGGAAUUCUUAUGCUGGUUUACGGAAUGUGCGGAACGCCGCAGUACAAGAUGAAAGUUUGGAUUUCGGAGUUCAAUCGACUUACAGAGAAAGAAAAAGACUCGGAGGAAGACGAAGAAGAAUCCGACUGUGAUCAAGACCUUGAAAACCCUGCCAGUUUGCACUCGACGCGUUUCUAA